AUGGCUUCUCUUGUGCACAAUCUCUUGGACAAGAUCCAGGGCAAGGCCCAGGACGCCCCCCCCCACCCUCCCUCUGCUGAAGAGCUGCAACAGCUGCGAGCAAAAUACGACACAGCCGGCCAAGGCCAUGUCUUUUCCUUCUAUGACAGCCUUCCAUCCGCCGAGCAAGGCCAGCUCUUCCAGCAAUUGCUGACCUUCAACCCAACCCGCAUCAACGAGCUGGCCGACAUCGCCAUCAACCCGCCCAAGGCCUCCUCCGAGCCUGCCAAACUCGAGCCCCUGCCCGCAUCUGCCACCGCUUCCAUCUUGGACUCGGAUCCCACCGAUCUCGAAAAAUACUACAAUGAGGGUCUGAAGUUGGUGUCGGAGAAUAAGGUGGCCGUGGUGUUGAUGGCCGGUGGACAAGGUACUCGUCUCGGUAGCUCUGCCCCCAAGGGAUGCUUCGAUAUCGGUCUGCCAAGCGGGAAGACUCUGUUCCAGAUCCAAGCCGAGCGCAUUGCAAAGAUCCAGGCUCUCGCUGAGAAGCAUCACGGCAAGAAGGCUGUCGUCCCCUGGUAUGUGAUGACCAGUGGCCCGACAAAUAAGCCCACCGAGGAGUUCUUCGAGAAAAAUAAAUUCUUUGGCCUGGACAAGGACAAUGUCAAAUUCUUCGAACAGGGCGUGCUACCUUGCAUCUCCAAUGAAGGGAAGAUUCUCCUCGAGAGCAAAUCCAAGGUCGCUGUCGCUCCUGACGGCAACGGCGGCAUCUACCAAGCCCUCAUUACAUGGGGCGUCAGAGAGGACAUGCGAAAGCGCGGUAUCGAGCAUGUUCACACCUACUGUGUCGACAACUGCCUUGCUCGGGUUGCCGACCCGGUCUUCAUUGGCUUUGCCGCUUCCAAGAAUGUCGACAUUGCUACCAAGGUGGUCCGUAAACGAGACGCCACAGAGUCUGUGGGAUUGAUCUUGCAAAAGAAUGGCAAGCCCGACGUGGUGGAAUAUUCUGAAAUCGACAAGGAGACCGCCGAAGCCAAGGAUCCUGCCAACCCGAAGGUGCUCAAGUUCCGUGCCGCCAAUAUCGUCAACCACUACUACUCCUUCCGAUUUCUCGAAUCCAUUGAAUCGUGGGUGCAUAAGCUGCCCCAUCACGUGGCUCGCAAGAAGAUCCCCUCGGUCGAUUUGGAAACCGGGGACACGGUGAAGCCCGAGAAGCCGAAUGGCAUCAAAUUGGAACAGUUUGUUUUUGAUGUCUUCCCCUUGACCCCGCUCGACAAAUUCGCCUGUAUUGAGGUCCGCCGCGAGGACGAAUUCUCGCCGCUCAAGAACGCCCGAGGAACUGGCCAGGAUGACCCUGACACCAGUAAGAGAGAUAUCACGCUCCAAGGCCAACGUUGGAUUGAGCAGGCCGGCGCUGUUGUCGUCACCGAGGGUGACGCCGUUGGAAUCGAAGUGUCUCCGCUGAUCAGCUACGUGAGUAGCUAUCCUACCAUCCUAUUCUAUUAA